AAGUAUGUGAACAAGAAGAUUUCUGCCCGAUUCCGAAAGAAGGAAGUUGAAGUGCUGAACACUCUAAGCCAUCCCAACAUCACACGUUUCCUUGGCUACAUCUUCCGGGAAGGUCAGCAUGAGAUCCUCAUGGAGUAUGCUGGUGUGUCCCUGUCAGUCUUCAUUGCGACCAAUGCCAACUGGCGGGAGCUGUGGACACCGGACGUCGUGAUGAGGAUGGCCAUGCAGGGCUUCUCAGCCCUGGCCUACAUGCACACCGUGUUUAAGAUCCUGCAUCACGACAUCAAGCCGGACAACAUUUGCAUCGCUUAUGAAGGGGACAAUUCACCGGUCAUCAAACUGACAGAUUUUGGAACGAGCAAGACGCCCGAGACUGCAAUCGGCUGUGGUGGCAGGACACCAGAGUACAUGUCCCCAGAAGCCAGCAGACAGUACUACGCUGCCAAGGGGUCGGUCUUCCCUGAAUGUUUCCUAGCCGAAGACAUCACGGGCAAGUCGGACGUGUUUGCGUUCGGUCUGACGAUCUGUUACAUGCUUCAGGGACAACACACUGUCUUUCUGUUGUGGAAAGACCUGCUGAGCUUGUGCAGUGCUCAGCAGUUUGCUGCACUUCGACCAAAAUUCAUUGCCCAUCUUGCAAAGAAUCCUAAUUACAUCCAGGUCUGGGGCAUCACAGCCGACCUGCCUGUAAAGACCCAUGAACUGCUGCAGUGUCUUCUGGUUGGAGAUCCCAAAAUCAGGUUGACAGCAGAGGAGGCAUUGCUGUACAUCCAGCUCCAAGAACAAGGUCAAGGUUUUUACACAUACCAUGAUUCGCUGAAGGAACCAGUGCCCCCAGGUGGAGGGAAGGAUAUCAAGUACAGCCUUUGUCAGAAGCUGCUGAGGCGAAAGUCCGCUGACCCCUACCACCGACAAUGUAGCCUCACAGCAAGUGGUAUGACGAGCAAGGCCGACGCGGAGGAAGACAAGCUGCCGAACUCUUGGACUUAAAAAGCCAUGACUAGUUUUGCGGAAAAAGCCCUUUUCUCUGAAACACCUUAACUUUCGUGCAUGCAAUCCCCCGACAACAACAUGCAUGCACACACCCACAACACGCAUUUGAUCUACAGUAGACU